CUGACUCUUCCAGAAAGCUCUGCAGACACAGUGCUGGUACAUUCCUGGCUGAUGAGUCAGUGAGAGGAGAGGGAGCGCUAUAUAUACUGUCAGCGUCUCAGGACUUGCUGCACAUCCAGCUGACUGCCAGGAGCUCACACUGCACUGACAGCCCCAAGAGACAUCCGCUGAGAAAAUGAAGAUGAUUCCUCUAUCGCUGCUGCUAGUGGCCGUUCUGCUCAACUUUACAGGGGCUCUUCUGCCCCCCGAGAGCCUGAAAAAAAUCUCAGAAGAAGGAAGCAAGUACAUCACUGAACAGUUCGAGAACGCUCUAAAUGGAGUCCGACAGAUGAAACAGCUCAUGGACCAAACUGGAGAAGAGCACCAGAAGAUCCUUCGCACGCUGGAGGAGACCAAGAAGAACAAGGAGGAUGCUUUGAAAGGGGCUCUGGAGUCCGAGCAGCAGCUCUCCGAGACCAAGGAAAUCUGCAAUGACACAAUGCUGGCGCUGUGGGAGGAGUGUAAGCCCUGCCUGAAACAGACCUGCGUCAAGUUCUACUCCAAGACCUGCAGGAGUGGAUCUGGGCUGGUCGGGCGUCAGCUUGAAGACUUCCUCAACAGGUCUUCACCCUUUGCCAUUUGGGUCAACGGUGAGAGAAUAGACAUUCUGAACAAGCAAGACAAGCAGCAGCACAUGACCCUGGAGGAUCUCGAAGACGGCUACAGCAUUGUAGAAGACAGCGUGCAUGAACUCUUCCAGGACAGCGUCAAGGCUUUUGACCACAUGAAGCCGUUCUUCAGCAGACCCUUCCAAGGUCUCAGCUUGCCCCAGUGGGAACCAAUCCCCUUUCAGAGAAUCAACGCCCCGGUUUCGGCUAUGCGUAUCCGCAAGGAACGCUCUCCACUGGCUGAACCUUUCUUUACCAGCAACUUUGACUCCCUCUUCGAAGCUGCUCAGAAAAUGAUGGAAAGGCACCGCCAGAUAUUCCAGCAAGGACCUCUCUUCAAUGGGAUGAGUAAUUCUACUGAUGACAAAGUGGUAUGUCGGGAACUCAGGAGGAAUACUGCCGGCUGCUUAAAGAUGAAGGACAAGUGUGAGAAGUGCAAGGAGAUUCUGGCAGUCGAUUGUUCUGGAAAGGAUGUGAUGCAACAAAAACUGCGGGAGAAAUUUGAAGACUCUGUUCGCUUGGCAGAGAAGUAUACCAAAGUGUACGAUGAAGUGCUACAGAAAUUCAGAGAGAAGAUGCUGAACACCACUGGAAUCCUGGAGGACCUGAGUCACCAAUACAACUGGGUGUCCAAGCUGGCCAACCUCACCGAAAACGACAAGAACGGAAUCUUCCAUGUGUCUACCGCCCAUUCCUCCAGUGGCGGCGUUCCGUCUAACACCACUGUGACAGUCAAACUUUUCGACUCCGAGUCUUUCACCUUCACGGUGCCUGGACACAUCACCAUGGAGGAUCCGAAGUUCGGCGAGCUGGUGGCUGAGGAAGCUUUGAAGAGAUUUAAGAAAGAAGUCGUCAGCGAGGCCGUCUGACUGUACAGAGUGGGAUCUGCUGCCGCACCUUAAAUCCACGGCCGUUCCCAGUCCAGGUAGAAGCUGAUCGUGCCGCUCCUCUCCCGAUAGCCAGCCAGGCCUAGGCAAGCCUCCGCCCGUUCUCUGUGUGUCCAGCGCACGCCCCCUCCUCCUACUACUACUACUGUUGUUCUGCUACUACUGGUACUCAUGUUUGCUGCUUUCUUUUGUAGGGACCAAAAAAUUGACAAAAACAAUUAA